UCUCUUGUUUUCUUUGUAGCCAAACAGCAAUAUGAGCAAAAAGGGCAGCAAAGUAAGCAGAUAUCUGAAGGCACCGGUGAAGAUUCUGAUCAAAGCCAGAGAUUUAUACAUAAAAAGCAUGACAGAAUACUCGAAUCAGAUUGGAUACGGCUCAGUCAUCGGUUGCCCUACAGGCCAACUUAAUACUUUGACCAGGAGCCGUAGUGUCUACUCGACGAGACCAAGAAGCAGUGAUGAUAACUGGAAGGAACUCAUCAGUGCCGCUUCAACAAGCAGUUUAGGCAACAACAUGGUUCAGCUGGACAAUCUUAAACCACAGCAGGCAAGGCAGUCUCCGAAAACUGGAAAUCACAAUGUUGUAAUUGUCGGAUUGAUGAAGUCAAGUCUUGUGAGUUUGAAGAAGAUGAGUUCGAGGUCAAGACUGAUGUUUUCCCAAGAAGCAGGAGCUAUGCUGUUACAAGCACAAAACGUGCCUUAA